AUGGAUCUUGAAGAAAUUACACUGGAUUUGCCCAAAAUUCAAGAGCCAAAAAAAUUAGACGUACUUAUACAUGUUGGUAACCCACCAAAUUCAGCAACAAUAAAAGAAAAUUCGGAAAUUUUAAAAGAUCGAUGUGAAUACUUUCGCACCCAUUUGAAUGAUAAAUUGGCAAAAACAAAAGAUGGAUUGAUGGCGAUUAAUUUACCAUCUAUUUCUCCAGAAGAUGAUGGAAAAAACACCCUAGAUCGAUUAAUAGCUCUUGAAGAAUUAGGAAUUCAAGAAUUGCUCACUCCCGGUCAAGAAUAUUUAAUUAAAAACCAGUCAGGUUGGAUUCGGGAUAAUUUCGCACUUGUUUAUAAAACUACAACAAAAAUACCAUCAUUGGACAUUUUACGAAAAUACGUACUUGGAGUAUUACGUCAACAACCUCGAUUAUUACUUAAUCCAAAGAACAUUAAACAUUUGGAGAAAGAGGUUUUAAUAUGGUUGUUAAAAAAAGAGGACGCCCAAAUGGAUGAAUUAGAGAUUUGGAAAAAUGUGGUUUCUUGGGGAAUUGGACAGAACCCUUCGUUAGGACCUAAAAUAUCAUCGUGGACAUCGGAAGAAAUGAAUUUGUUCGGCGAAACCAUAGGACCUUGUAUUCCACUAAUAAGAUUUGAACACAUUUCAAAUGAUGAUUUUUGUAGGAUAGUAUUACCUUUUCAAAGGUUUCUUUCGCCAGAACAACAACGUCCACCACGUAUCAAUUCUUCCGAAGAUACAUUAAAUAGUGACGGUUCGUUUCCUCGCUUGACGCGACCGAGACGAACGGCAUUUAUAGAUUCAAAUAUUAUUAGUAUUUCUCAUGCUGCUUUGAUAGCAAGUUGGAUAAAGCAUAAACCAUCAAUAAAUUCGCAAGUUAGAACAAACCUAAAAUUUCAAAAACCAUCAUCAAUUCCUUAUAGUUUUCAACUUUUAUAUCGAGCGAGUAGAGAUGGAUUUUCUACUAAGGCAUUUCAUAAAUGUGUUGACAAUUGCCUAAACCCGACAUUCACUAUUAUAAAAUUAAAACUCUCAUCACAAAUAAUUGGUGGUUUCACAUCAAAAUCAUGGCAAUCACCGCCAUUAAAUUUAUCUAAGAUUGUAAAUGAUCAUGAAUCAUUUAUAUUUUCAUUAUGCGAUCCAAGUGGAGAUGAAAAAUUUGCGGACUUUAGCAGGCCUAAGUCAGGUUAUUAUCCUUAUAUGUUUAGUUCAAAAUAUAUAUAUUAUGGAAAAAAUGCUAUUAAGUUAAGUAGAUCAAGACCUUCUUUCGGAAGAACCGAUUUACAAAUUAGAGAUGAUGGAGUUUGUUUUUGCAAAGUUUGUGAUUAUGAUAAAGCCAUUACUUGGGGUAGUGGAAGGUUUGAAAUGGAAGAAUGUGAAGUUUUUAGCGUUAAGCGAAAAGACAAAAUUCAUUAA